AUGGGUCAACCAUCUCAACCGGCGUCCAACGCCAUCAUCUACACCACAUAUAGCCUAUUCCUCGUCUUCGGCCUCUUCGUCGCAUGGACUCUCCGCCAUCAAACCAAAGGCGAAUACCUCGCCACAUUACGAACGCAGAAGGGCAUACCAUUGGCCCUCAACUUCAUCGCCUCGGGUUCGGGUAUCCUAUUCUCGUAUCCACAGAUCUCCACCAUCGCUGGUGUGCAGGGACUCGUGGUCUACAGUCUAUCCUCCGCUCUGCCACUACUGGUUUUCGCUGGGCUCGGCCCUAUUAUCAGAAGGAAGUGCCCUGAGGGGUUCGUGCUCACCGAAUGGACUCGCCAGCGAUAUGGCGUAAUCACGAGUCUUUACCUAUCCGCUUUGACUUUAAUAACACUCUUCCUCUACAUGGUUGCCGAGCUCUCAGCCCUUCAACAAAUUGUCACAGCUUUGACAGGCCUGAAUGGUCUCCCCGCGGUCAUCGUCGAGUGUGCAGUAACCACAAUUUACACAUCACUUGGCGGGUUCAAAGUCUCCUUCAUCACCGAUAACGUCCAAGGUGCCAUGGUUGUUGGACUCAUCAUCGUCGGCUGCAUCACAGUCGGUGUCGAGACAGACAUUCAACACGACCUGAUUGACCGCAGUGGAUACCUCGACGCAAGCUUGUUGGGCUGGCAGCUAAUUUAUAUUCUUCCCGUGGCAAUUUUGACGAACGACUUCUUCAUCUCAGGCUUCUGGAUGCGCACAUUUGCUGCAAAAACAGACAAGGACCUGUACAUCGGCGUGGGAGUGGCGACGGUGGCAGUCGCAAUCAUCCUCGCAGUGGUCGGUGUCUCCGGCCUGUUGGCCGGCUGGUCCGGCGCACUGGGAGACCCUCCGGAGGAGUCAUCCAUUGCAUUCUUCUUGCUCCUAGAGCAGCUCCCAGCCUGGGUCAUUGGAAUCGUUCUCGUCAUGACAAUUUGCUUGUCCACCGCCGCCUUUGACUCCUUCCAAUCCGCCAUGGUGAGCACAGGGUCCAACGACAUCUUCCGGAACCGGUUGAAUUUCUGGUUCAUCCGCGCCGCUGUUGUCCUGGUGAUCAUCCCCGUUGUCGUUGUGGCGCUGAAAUCACCUUCGAUCUUGCAGAUCUACCUGAUCUCGGAUUUGAUUUCUGCAUCAAGCAUCCCAUGCUUGGUGAUUGGAUUGAACGAGCGAGCCUACGCCUGGCGCGGCUUUGAGGUCGUGGUCGGCGGACUCGGAGGCAUGUUUACCGUGUUCUUGUUUGGGCUGGUCUUCUACGACGGCGACGCCAGAUUGGCAGGAAAUCUCAUGCUUCUCGAGCAAGGACUCUACGCCAACGAUUGGUCCGCGUUCGGCGCAUUUGUUGCCGCCCCUGUGGGAGGUCUGCUCUGGGCUCUUGCGGCCUUCGGAUCCCGGCUUGCUGUGCAAUGGUGUCUGGCGAAGUUCAAGGGUACCCCGUUCGAGGCGUUCGAAAAACCUGCCGCUCCGACCGCAAGCUUCUACACCGGCGGAAUCAGCUCGGGUGUCAGCGACGGUGAAAGAGAGAUCUAUACUGACACCGACGGCGUAGAGAGAAGCGAGGUCAAGAUUAAGGGCAAGUUCUUCUGA